AUUUAAUGAAUUAAAUUGUUAACUUUACUAUUAUUUAUAUAUUUAUUUAUUUUAAAAUAAUUAAUUUUAUAUAUUUAUGACUAUUAACGUACUAUUAAACGUAACAUUAACUUAAAAACGACGUAAAAUAUUCAUACGUAUUUUAUACAUAACUUUGCUGUAUUGUAUUUUACUAACUAUGAGUCAAUGAGUGGGAGACAAGGGAGAAAAAGUAAAGAUUAUUCGUAAAGUAGGAUGAGAAGAGAACACGACCGGAAAGGAUUGCCCGAUAGCAAGCGCGCGCAAAGAGCUGAGCAGUGGUGGUGACUGGUGAGAUGAGAGGUAAGUGGUAAGUGAUAAGGAGCGCAUCAUCAUCAUCCACAAAGCCAAACAUCACAACCCAACAAAAACCCUGAAGCACAGAAAUAAUCGGAACCCUAAUCCAAUUCAAUCCACAAACAAAUUUCCGCCCUCAUUAUUUUCUCUCACAAAUUUCAAAUAAUCUUCCGCCACCCAAAAUGCCGUUCCCUUUAUCUCCUUCCUCUCACUUGGCGCUGCUGCGUUCCUUUCAUCCACUCCCACACCAUUGUUCAAAAACUAUCUUACCACACAGAAAACCGGAACCGAGUGCACUCCAAUGGCGAUGGCUAUGCCGCUGCUUCGCCGGCUCUCCUCUUCUCUCAACCACCCUACCCGCCCUUUCCUCACUCCUCUCUGUUACAAGUCUUCCUUGCCUGAUGAAGCUGUUUACGAGAAGGAGAAGCCCGGCGUCACCUGGCCGAAGCAGCUCAAUGCGCCGCUGGAAGUCGUGGAUCCUGAGAUUGCUGACAUCAUCGAGCACGAGAAAAAUCGUCAGUGGAAGGGCCUGGAACUCAUACCCUCAGAGAACUUCACUUCGUUAUCAGUGAUGCAAGCAGUUGGAUCCGUCAUGACCAACAAGUACAGUGAAGGAUACCCUGGUGCUAGAUACUAUGGAGGGAACGAGUACAUUGACAUGGCAGAGUCCUUGUGUCAGAAGCGUGCACUGGAAGCAUUCAGGUUGGAUCCUGCAAAAUGGGGAGUUAAUGUGCAGCCACUAUCUGGUUCUCCUUCCAACUUCCAAGUCUACACUGCCUUGUUGAAACCUCACGAUAGAAUAAUGGCUCUUGAUCUUCCUCAUGGUGGGCAUCUUUCCCAUGGUUAUCAGACAGACACCAAGAAGAUAUCUGCAGUGUCAAUAUUUUUUGAGACAAUGCCAUACAGGCUGAAUGAGAACACUGGCUACAUUGACUAUGAGCAGAUGGAGAAGAGUGCCACUCUUUUCAGACCAAAAUUGAUAGUGGCUGGUGCUAGCGCAUAUGCUCGCCUUUAUGAUUAUGCAUUCAUUCGGAAGGUCUGUGACAAACAAAAGGCCAUAAUGUUGGCAGACAUGGCUCACAUUAGCGGGCUGGUUGCGGCUGGUGUGGUCCCAUCACCAUUUGAUUAUGCAGAUGUGGUGACCACCACAACCCACAAGUCCCUUCGUGGCCCACGUGGAGCCAUGAUUUUCUUCAGGAAGGGAGUUAAAGAGGUCAACAAACAAGGAAAGGAGGUGUUGUAUGACUUUGAAGACAAAAUUAACCAAGCUGUCUUUCCUGGACUUCAAGGAGGUCCGCACAACCACACAAUCACUGGUUUAGCAGUUGCAUUGAAACAGGCUACAACCCCUGAGUACAAAGCUUAUCAGGAACAAGUACUCAGAAAUUGCUUCAAGUUUGCCGAGGCUUUAGGGGAGAUGGGAUAUGAACUAGUUUCCGGUGGAACUGAGAACCACUUAGUUUUGGUGAACUUGAAGAACAAGGGUAUUGAUGGCUCCAGGGUCGAAAAAGUGUUGGAAGCUGUUCACAUUGCUGCAAACAAGAAUACAGUUCCCGGGGAUGUGUCUGCCAUGGUUCCUGGUGGCAUCAGGAUGGGAACCCCAGCUCUUACCUCUAGGGGAUUUGUUGAGGAGGAUUUUGUUAAGGUUGCUUACUUCUUCGAUCUUGCUGUUAAGAUUGCAGUGAAUGUUAAAGCUGCGAGCACAGGGACAAAGCUGAAGGACUUCGUAGCGGGGAUGCAGUCCGCCAAUUUCCAAUCUGAGAUUGCCAAGCUCCGCCAUGAUGUUGAAGAAUACGCGAAGCAGUUCCCGACGAUUGGCUUUGAGAAAGAGACAAUGAAGUACAAAAGCUGAACAAGGCGCCCGUUGCUGCUGCAUUAGGUAUAAGCACCGGUAGAUUAUCAUUUGCUACUUAUGAAAUGAAAGCAUAAUGUCGUCUCAUUGAAAGCAUUAGUACAUUUGGAUUCAACAUGAGACAAUGUUGAAAGACGAGUAGUCAUCUUAUCUUACACUCGAUGUUAAUAUUUGAUUGUCAGUGGAGCAGGUUGGAAGGGUUUGCCAAAUGAAUGCUUAUCUUCAAAGACAUCUUACAUCCAAGUCAUGAAGCCAUUAUGUAUGAGAUGUAAAUGUUGGCCUUUCUUGUAUUACGAUUUACGAAUGCCUGUAAAGCAACGAAACCGACCACGGUUUAUGUCGAUACUAAAUAUAUACAGAGAAAGGCUAAUUAGUUGGUGAUGAAUUGCAAGAAUAAACGUAUGCACCCCUGCUUCAUCCUCGUUAGUUCUUUAUCUUAUUAUGAUCUCAUAUGUAACAGGUUUUGGGAUUUGGUGAGACAUAAUGUAACACCUUGUGUGAAGUACAACAAGAAUGGGUGACCUUAUUGAGAGUCACCUUGAAUUGCACCCAAGUCGAAAACAGUGAGGGUCGAGACCCAAAUCGGACAAUAUUUUCGUCGAAAAAAGGUUCGGGAUGUUACAAGUGGUAUCAGAGCCUCUCUGCGUCCUUCUUGAAUGAUGGUGGGCCAAAACUCAACAAGGAUGUUGAGUCCCAAGCAUGGUUGUCACGCCGUCCGGCGUGCCACUGGUUGAACCUAGUUCAACCUAUAUCAGUCAUAAAACCGGCAUGACACCACCGGUAUGACCGGCAUGAUCGAUAUACGAAUCUCUAAGUAAAAUGAUCUUAUAUUAGUGAAUUUAUUUGAUAAAAAGUAAUUUAUUUUAUGUGUUAAAAAGUUAAAUAUUGAUGUUAUUUGUUGGGUUCAAGUGCAAAUAUUUAGGUAUUGACGUUAAAUGUCGUGCUUAAAUAUGAGUAUUUGUAAAUUAUUUGUAAUAUUAACCGGUACAAACCGGUAUGUACCACCGGUCGAACCAUUCCACUUGCUAAACCGGCACACUGGCACAAACCGGUUUGACAACCUUGGUCCCAAGGGAGAGGGGGGGGGGGGGGAGGUGUAUGUAACAGUUUAGGCAAAUCCCACAUCGACAAAGCACGGGAGAGAUCCAUGGUUCACAAGUAAGAAAUCGGCCUUAACUAACAAGACGCGUUUUGGAGUGAAAUGAAAGAGUUCUUGCGAGAGCUCUGAAGUUAAACGUGCUCAGUGUGGAGUACAACAAGGAUGGGUGACCUUAAAGGAAGUCACCUUGAAUUGCACCCCAAAUCGAAAAUCGUGAGAGUCGAGGCCCAAAGCCGACAAUAUCUUCGUUGAGAAAAGGUUUGGGAUGUUACACAAGACCAUCUUCAAUAAUAAGUUAAAAAAUCAAGAGUUCAAAAAAAAUCUUUCAGUUCUCUCUUUCUUUCUCCGCUCUUUUUCUGUCCUCCCCCAAAAGAAACAAAAUUGAAACAAGUGACAUCCUAUUAGGCCCCGUUUAGUAUUAUUUUGUUGUUGUUGUGGUUAUAUUGAUGUUGUGCAAACACAUGCACAACCACAACAAGAAAAAAACAGACAACUCAAAC